CUGAGGAGAGGAGGAGAGGGAGGGGAGGCGGUACUCAAGGGCAGCGAUGCCCUUCCUCCCUGGCCCCAGGUGCCCCGGACCUGGUGAUGAACGCCCAGCUGGUGCAGGAGACAGCCUACCUGGAGGACCGGCCGCUGAGCCAGCUGUACUGCGCUCACGAGGAGAACUGCCUCUCCCGCUCCGCGAACCUGAUGAACUGGCCUUACGGCCACCGCCGCCUGCUGCGCUUCUCCUCCCAGAUCCACAACCUCGGCCGGGCCGACUUCCGGCCCAAGACGGGGCGCCACAGCUGGACCUGGCACCAGUGCCACAGGCACUAUCACAGCAUUGAGGUCUUCACCCACUAUGACCUCCUCACCCUCAACGGCUCCAAGGUGGCCGAAGGCCACAAAGCCAGCUUCUGCUUGGAGGACACCAACUGCCCCACAGGGCUGCAGCGGCGCUACGCGUGUGCCAACUUUGGGGAGCAGGGUGUGACGGUGGGCUGCUGGGACACGUAUCGCCACGACAUCGACUGCCAGUGGGUGGACAUCACGGACGUGCUGCCGGGGGACUACAUCUUCCAGGUGGUCGUGAACCCCAAGUACGAAGUGGCCGAGUCCGACUUCUCCAACAACAUGAUGCGCUGCCGCUGCAAGUACGACGGGCGCCGCGUCUGGCUGCACGGCUGCCACACAGGUGACGCUUAUCGCGCCGGCAGGGAAGAGCUCUCCCUGGAACAGGAGCGGCGGCUCCUCAACAACCUCAUCUGAGGGCAUCCGUUCCCGAGCUCCCAGCUGCCGCCCCCAACACAGAUACCUCAGCCCGGAGAGGCGGGGCUCCCUCGUCGAGCCCCCCGCCCCGAGAGCCACGGGGACCGGAGGAGCCGGGGACCCCCUCGGGGAGUCUCGGGGUGAGGGGAGGAGGCCUAGCUGGGGUUGAUACGCGACGGCUCCGGGCCUAUGGGGCUCUGGCUCUGGAAGGUAGUCCCGUCUCCCGCCGAGAACCCCUCACCCCAUCGGGCUGUUGCCCCACCACCCCCAUCAUCCAUCCCAGGCACUCAUUCCCUCGGGUGGCUACGGGCGAGUUUCUCUCCCCGGACGGUGCUUUCUAUUUAUCCACGCGGGACGGGUCUUCCAAGGGAGCUUGGAAUCGGACGUGGCCCGGCGGCACGGGGGCCGGCGGCUUCCCGCCCGGAAGCCCAGGCCGGCCGGAGCGGAGUCCGCGCCUCGGCCCUCGAGUCACCUGCUCUUUCUUCACCCUGCGGGAUCCCCACCCUUGUCGACUCUAGCCCGUCCCGGGUCCUGGGAGGUGGGGGUCCCGUCUCUCUCAGACAGUUCGCCCCCCCCCGGUCGGUCGCUAGGCCUCACGUACCCGUUUGCACUAGCGGGGAGGAGGAGGACUUCGGGAGCCAAACGCGGGGUAGAUGGGGUGUGGCUCCCGGGCCGCGCACGUACACCGUGCCCGGGGCUCAGCACACGACGAGUGGCUCCAUGCCCACGGUGGUGGCCGUGAUGGUGGCGCGCCCCUCUCCUCCAAGCGAAGCUACCUGCCGCCCGUGGGCCGGAGAGCCACCGCUGUCUGUCUCAGGAUCGUUUCCGCAUCUCAGGACUCACCUCCGGGCCUGACCGGCUUCGGAUUCGGACCAGGUCUCGGGAGGGAACUCUGUCGCAAAUAAACGUUUUACGCAAGUGAGAGGACAGCGGCUGAGCCCCUCCCGUCCAGGAGCACGGGGAAGUGGGAGGCACGGCAGGAGCGGGGAAAGAGGGAGGGCGAGCGCCUCGAUUUCCAUCCGAAGAUCAGGACUGGACCCGGGAGAGGCCGCGUGCCCUCCUCAGGGACUUGGAGAGUCCCGCUCCUACUCUGCCGUGGCUGGGAUUGUCUGAGCAGCUAACUCCCAGCCCUGGCGGAGAGACGCUCCGGGUUCCUCGACCCUCCCCCCGGCCCCCGCCCCUCCCGGCCCUCGGUGCUUCGGAGAGAAGCCGCGCCGUCGCGGAAACGGCUCCCGCUGACGGCGCCUCCGCCGUUCGGCCAGGACCGGCGCGGGGUGUGUCUCCGUUCCCGCCUUCCCACUCACCUUGCCCAAGGCUCAGAAGCGGGAGCACCGGGGAAAUGUCCGGGAGGAAAAAAGGUUGAGGUGGAAACACGGGGUAGUCUAUCGGCCUUUAUUAUCGGGGCAGACCUCUGAUGUCACGCCCCCGGUUGCGGAGUCCACGUGAGAAGAUCAAUCGUAACGGGCGGGAUAGAUCGCUGCCUGCAGCCGUCCUUUCCCCGCGAACGACUUGGGGGUAAAAUUGGCGGGGAGGGGUGUUCUCGGAGGUACCGAUUCCUGAAAUUCAACCGGCGUUUGC